UCUACGCGUAUCCAAUACUUCAAUGAAUGUAACGCCCGGUUUCAUCGGCACAACUGUUCCCGGAAAAGCACCAUAUAACAUGCCUAAAUAUCUUCCUGCGCUCCUAGCCUAUCAAAUGACCGCUGGCAACGUAUCACUCUUUGCUGCAAACACUUCAAUGCAAUUCAACUACAUACCUUCAUUAUCUUGUUAUGAACAACCAACUCAAGAUUGUGACCAAGAUGUUGGUAAUUUACCAUUGGACGACAAUGUUUCUCAAUGUUUGGUAUUGCAAAAUCCCACCAGUCAACCUGUCUGUUUCAAUUUGAGUCUUAGCUUUACUAAAACUGUGUUUUCAACUAAUAAUUUCACAAGCCCGGAUAUUCCAGGUGGGCAUAAUGCUUUAAAAAGUAUUGCAGUUUCUGACAAACAAGUUUAUAUACUUGUUCAAGCCUUGAUUUGUACAUUUAUGGUCCUUACGUUUAGCAAUUUUUUACAUUAA